AUUUUCUUCUACCCCAUUCUGUACCGUCCAGCAGCAGCCUUCCAGAAUCCAGAUUCAUCACUUCCAGUUCGAGGCUUCAAGCUCCCACCACAGGUCAUCGUCUGCUCCUUCGCAACACCUCGGUAUCUCGGUCCGGUCCGUCGCAGGCUCGCAGCAACUCUAGGCUCUUGCCAUCAGCCAUGGCAACACUGGCUGAUUCUUUUCUUGCAGACCUUGAUGAACUAUCUGACAAUGAAGCUGUUGUUAUUGAGGAAGAAGAUGUCGAUGCUGGAAAUAUGGAAGAAGAUGUUGAUGGGGAAAUGGCAGACAUAGAAAAUCUUAACUAUGAUGAUCUGGAUAGUGUUUCGAAAUUGCAGAAAACCCAAAGAUAUGUUGAUAUUAUGCAGAAAGUGGAAGACGCGCUCCAAAAAGGCUCUGAUAUCUCAAAUCUUGGAAUGGUUUUGGAAGAUGAUCCUGAAUAUCAGCUGAUUGUGGACUGUAAUGCUUUGUCAGUUGAUAUUGAGAAUGAAAUCAUUAUUAUCCACAAUUUUAUUCGUGACAAGUACAGGUUGAAAUUUCCGGAGCUUGAAUCACUUGUGCAUCACCCAAUUGAUUAUGCACGUGUUGUUAAGAAAAUUGGGAAUGAAAUGGAUUUGACCCUGGUUGAUCUGGAAGGGCUGUUACCGUCAGCUAUCAUUAUGGUGGUGUCGGUUACAGCAUCGACCACAAGUGGCAAGCCUCUUCCUGAAGAAAUUCUUGAUAAGACCAUUGAUGCAUGUGAUCGAGCUCUUACUCUAGAUGCAGCAAAGAAAAAAGUCCUUGACUUUGUAGAAAGUCGAAUGGGAUAUAUUGCACCAAAUCUUUCUACUAUUGUUGGGAGUGCUGUUGCAGCUAAACUUAUGGGGACUGCUGGUGGUCUUGCUGCAUUAGCUAAGAUGCCUGCAUGUAAUGUUCAGCUUCUUGGUGCUAAGAAAAAGAACCUUGCUGGGUUUUCCACUGCAACAUCACAAUUUCGUGUAGGUUAUAUUGAGCAAACGGAGAUAUUUCAAUCUACACCCCCUUCUUUGAGGAUGCGUGCUUGCCGGCUAUUGGCUUCCAAGUCAACACUUGCAGCAAGAGUAGAUUCCACAAGAGGAGAUCCAUCAGGGAACAAUGGAAGAGCCUUACGGGAAGAGAUCCGUAAGAAAAUUGAGAAGUGGCAAGAGCCUCCUCCUGCAAAGCAACCCAAACCACUUCCAGUGCCUGAUUCUGAGCCUAAAAAGAAGAGAGGUGGUCGUCGACUGAGGAAGAUGAAGGAAAGAUAUGCAAUAACAGACAUGAGGAAACUCGCAAAUAGGAUGCAAUUUGGUGUACCUGAAGAGAGUUCUUUAGGGGAUGGUCUGGGAGAGGGUUAUGGAAUGCUCGGUCAGGCUGGGAGUGGCAAGCUACGUGUAUCAGUUGGUCAGAGCAAACUUGCUGCAAAAGUUGCCAAGAAGUUUAAGGAAAAGAAUUACGGAAGCAGUGGUGCUUCCUCUGGAUUGACAUCAAGUUUAGCAUUUACCCUUGUGCAGGGGAUAGAACUAUCAAAUCCACAGGCUCAUGCACACCAACUUGGCAGUGGAACUCAAAGCACAUACUUUUCUGAGACAGGAACAUUUUCAAAGAUCAAGCGGACCUGAAUCUUCGUGUUUUCAUCUCUUCUUGCCAGGAGCACAUUCGAGGCAUGAAAUGUUUGGGCACAAUGGUUUCAAUGGUGGAGGUCUUGGUGGUGCUUGGUGCUUCCUAAGAUUGGUUCCUCUGUUUGCUGCUUGUGUGGUUGAUGAUGGAAAUAUGUGGCUUGGUAUGGUGGUUUGAUGCGUGAGGAAUCGAUUUCAGGUGGGGGGAGGGUUGACUGUGAGAUUGUAUCUUGCUUAUGGCAGGCUCCACAUCCAAUUUGCGUAAAUAUGUGUUUAUAUAGAAUGAUAAAAAUGACAAAUCUCAUGUUGGUGUGUGAUGUGGAGAUGAUAAGUAGAAUUUUUCUUUAAAAAAUACUUUUGAGAAAUAAAGGACAAUAGUGACAUUAAGCUUUCAAGUUAAAGUGUUUUUAUGCCAUUUGGCAAAAGGUUA